AUGGCAUCAAUUCGGAAGGACACCUCAAAGCUUCACAAAAGCCAGAUGGCAACAAGCAGUAGGCACAACACCUCAGUAUAUACAUGUAAUACUGUUUCUGAGAUAUACUUUUAUGAGUUACAUCUGUCUAUAGAGUUGAGCGAAUAUAGAUAUACUCUUCUAAGUGAAGAGGUGUUUGAUUUCUCAAGAGGAGAGAUGACUCAAAGUAAGAUAAAGGAGCUUAAACAAUCAUUGACCAGUGAAUUUCAACUCAUUUAUGAGCUAUGCUUAUAUGUACUAUCAGCCUCUCAAAGAACUGAGCUUAUACGUGCAACACUCUCCACAUUGCACGCAUUUCUCUCAUGGAUUCCCCUGGGAUAUAUAUUUGAGUCUCCAUUGCUUGAAACGCUGCUGAAUUUUUUCCCCAUGCCAUCUUAUCGGAAUCUCACUCUUCAGUGUUUGACAGAGGUUGCAGCACUUAAUUUUGGAGAUUUCUACAAUGCCCAGUACGUUAAGAUGUACACCAUAUUCAUGAAACUGUUACAGACCAUGAUUCCUCUUAAUACAAACAUUCCUGAGGCUUAUGCAAUUGGUUCCAGCGAAGAGCAGGCUUUUAUUCAGAAUUUGGCUUUGUUUUUCACUUCAUUUUAUAAGUCUCACAUUCGUGUGCUGGAAACUCCUGGAGAGAACAUAGCUGCUUUGCUCAUGGGUGUUGAAUAUCUUACCAAAAUUUCAUAUGUGGAUGACACAAAAGUUUUCAAGGUACCAAUAUUUUAG